CAGGGCGCACUGGGCCGGGAAGCGGCUGAGGACGCGCGAGCUCCCCGGUGCGGGCGCGGGCAGGAGCGGGCGGGAGCGCGGGCAGGAGCCGCAGCCGCCCUCCGCGCGGGUGCCCCGCGGCCCCGCACCCCGGCGCCCGGCAUGCGCCCCCGCUAGCCCCCGGCAUGCUGCGCCCGCUGCUCCUCGCCGCGCUCUGCCUGGCCGGCCGCCCCGCGCGCGCCUGCCAGCUGCCCUCCGAGUGGAGACCGCUGAGCGAGGGCUGCCGCGCGGAGCUGGCCGAGACCAUCGUGUACGCCAAGGUGCUGGCGCUGCACCCCGAGGCGCCCGGCCUCUACAACUACCUGCCGUGGCAGUACCACGCCGGCCAGAGCGCGCUCUUCUACUCGGCCGAGGUCGAGAUGCUGUGCGACCAGGCGUGGGGCAGCAUGCUGGAGGUGCCCGCCGGCUCCAGGUUCAACCUCACCGGCCUGGGCUACUUCGCCUGCCACUCGCACACCGUCGUCCAGGGCUACUCCUAUUUCUUCUUCCUCAGGAUGGAUGAAAAUUACAACCUUUUGCCUCAUGGAGUCAAUUUCCAAGACGCUAUCUUUCCUGAUACACAAGAAAACAGACGGAUGUUUUCCAGUCUUUUCCAGUUUGCAAACUGUUCCCAAGGGCAGCAGCUCAUGACUUUCUCCAGUGACUGGGAGAUCCAGGAAGACAGCAGGCUCCUGUGCUCCUCCGUGCAGAAGGCCCUGUUUGAGGAAGAGGACCACGUCAAGAAGCUGCAGCAGAAGGUGGCGACCCUGGAGAAGCGUAACAGGCAGCUGCGCGAGCGGGUGAAGAAGGUCAAGCGGUCCCUGCGCCAGGCCCGGAAGAGCGGGCGCCAGCUGGAGCUGCUGCACCAGAAGCUGAGCGCGAAGCUGGCGGCGGCUGCAGCGGGGGAGGCACCGCACAUCAAUGCGCUGGGGCGUGAGCCCGCGCACGCCCCCUUCCGGCACGGGUAGUAGGUGCAGCGGGCGGCUGGGCCCGCAGCAUCCCUGCAGGCUUGGGGAAAGGCGGGCUUUCAUAGGUGCACUUGUUUCAGACCUUCUAGAAGAUCUCUGUUCUGUAUAGUCUACCCGGGUAGAAUGCCAAGUCUUUACUUUCCCCUUGGUUGCUGGCCUUAGCCUCAGACUGCAUGCUUCCUCCUCCUGGCCUGGUCACAAACACGGUGCCCAGAACAGGUGUAGCAGGACCCUCAAGGACAGAGUGCUGGGCCAGGGUCUGGCCUCAGCGUCUGGGAGUGGCCCAGAAAGUGCCCUGGCUGGGAAAGAAGCUCUGUGCACAGAUAUCAGGGGGCUGAGCCCUUCUUUACGCGAGAGUCAGUGUGGGUCUCAAGUCCCUGAGUCCCGAGGACCCGACUGAAGCAGGUCCUGAAACCCUUGGUGCCCCUUGACCCCACCUUUGGAAGCAGGACAUACUCCUGGGCAUUCGCAAGAGUGUAGGACAUCCUGUCUCCCUCAGCCUCCCCCCACGGCCCAGGCAGGUUAGGCCUCAGUGAGUGCAUCACAGGUGGCGAGUUGAUUCUCCAGUGGGACAGCAGAUAAUUAAACAAGUUGAAUUACACCUGGUUACCAGUACCAGGUCCCAGGAGUUAACCAGUGAUAGCCAAUCUAGAGGGCAAUUGCUUCUGUGAGGCUGCUGCAUUUUUUCAGACUGUGUUUCCAAAUCAGAGUUUAACUCAGCAGCUGCUAAAUUUUAACUUCGUGUUGCUUCUACUGUCUGUGUUUGAGGUGAGCUGCCCCAACACGCUGUGAGCUUCUGUGCUGCAGUCGUCUCCCCACCUAUGGGAUCAGGUGACCUCACCUCAUUUCCACCCAGGUUCCCGGAGGGCUUUUUCCAGAUGUUCCAACCUCUGCUUCCUCAUGCACCCCCCUCCCUGUUCACCUAUGCCUGACAGUGUUGGCUGCACAGCCGCACAGUUGGUGUAACAGAUCCUUAAGCAAUCGUGCACUUUACCUCCUCUAGAAAGAACACUUUUCAGGCAACAGAAGUAUACAGGAGAGGAUUCGCUCUCUGUGCCGCUUAGGCAUGCUGGGCCGAGUCAGCUAUUUCUAAGACGUCAGCCUUCUCUCGGUUACAUCUGAGAAUGGCCCUCCAAACCAAGCACCUUUCCCCAUGUCGCACCUGUGUAAGCCACUGGCCCUGCAUUUGAAUCUGCUAGCCAAAGACCACUGCAGGCCCUGCAGGGUUGAUAAUGCCACUUUCUCCUUGGGAGAUGACAGGUCUCAUCCCCUGCCACUACGAAGGCCAGGCGCUUCUUGCUGUGGCAGCCAGUCUAGGGACAUGAGCCUUAUGUCACUUGGGUCUUGGUGGCAGGCUGGUGCCCCAGAGAGAGAAGUGUAUGCCCUGAACUGGGUAAGAUGGGAAGUACUAUCUGGGGGCACCUGGCUUUCGAACUUCUGCCCCUAUCUUGUUAGCUCUAUCCUUCAUGGUGUGCUGCUGUAGAAAGUGUAUCUUCUAGUUCAUUCUUCCUGGGCACAUUUUAUUAAAGUAGCUUGCUUCCAGCCAAGCAAUUGGAAGUCUAGGGGUGAUUUACAGGCUGGGCUUGGACAACUAUGCAAGCUGGAUCUCUACAGAUGCAUUAUGUUCUGCUUUUUCAAUAAACAUGAGCAACGAUUUCAACUACAAUAACAA